UCAUUUACCGAGGAAAUGGUCUGGCCCAUUUCAUUCGUGACUGGAAAUAAAAACAAACUGGCUGAAUUCAUUCAAAUCCUCGGCUCACAGUAUGCGGGAAAGAUAGUAGCCAAAGAGUUAGAUUUGCCGGAAUUGCAAGGCUCAGUUGAAGAGGUCAGCCGAGAAAAGUGUCGCACUGCCACUCGUCUUGUUCAGGGUCCAGUUAUCAUUGAGGACACUGCAUUGUGCUUUGAAGCCCUUAACGGUCUACCAGGACCGUAUAUUAAAUCGUUCCUUGAAGCAUUAGGACCGGACGGUUUGCCCAAACUGGUUGCCGGCUUCGGCGAUAAUCGUGCCUAUGCUUUAUGCACAUUCGCAUUUUGUGAGGGUCCGGACCAACCAGUCCAUUUGUUUGUCGGACGUACGGAUGGUCAAAUAGUGACACCCCGGGGCCCGCGCAACUUUGGCUGGGAUCCAGUAUUUCAACCGGACGGACAUCAGUUGACGUACGCUGAGAUGGAAAAGUCUGUGAAAAACACUAUUUCGCAUCGGUUCAAGGCAUUGAGCAAGUUGAAACAGUUUUUAGACACGGAAUACAAGGGCUGA